ACAAAUAAAAACAAUGGAUCCGGGUUCAUAAACAAACAUCCAAACACGGCCUAAAGCCAGUUGGUUGAGACCUGGGGCUGCAAGUUACUAAUCCGGAUUCGGAUAAACCCAAGAUUUGAACCCGAAUUUAAAUAAAGAAGACUCGAUCUUCAAAUUCGAAAAGCCCCGAUUUAGUGAUUUACUACGGUAGUUUCAAGAAGCCUAUUUAUUAUUUCAAACAAAGUCAUCAGUCUCACGAAGGAAGGAUUUUCAACUUGUUUUUUACGCCAAAAGAAAAAGAAAAAAAAAAAAAAAACAAUGAGACCUAACAUUGUUUCAGAGGCAGGACUGCAAACUAGAGCAAGGCAAUGGUGGGACAAUAUUCCAUUCCUUUCAUCUUCUGUGGUUAUUGUUUGUGGGGUUGUUUACUUGAUUUGCCUUUUGGUUGGAUAUGACUCCUUUUACGAAAUAUGCUUCUUGCCAGAGGCUCUUGUAUCGCAUUUUCAAGUUUACCGGAUUUACACUUCCAUUAUUUUCCAUGGUUCACUGUUACAUGUUUUGUUCAACAUGUUGGCUUUGGUUCCUUUGGGCUCUGAACUGGAGAGAAUCAUGGGAUCUAUUCGAUUGUUGUACACGAUAAUUUUGCUAGCAACUAGCAAUGCUAUCUUUCAUCUUAUUAUUGCAUUGGUGGUGGCCCAUAAUCCUUUCCGCUCAUAUCAGAAUCUCAUGAACGAGUGUGCGAUAGGCUUCUCUGGAAUCUUAUUUUCUAUGAUUGUUAUAGAGACAAGUCUGAGUGGUGUUCAAUCUAGGAGUGUGUUUGGUCUUUUUAAUGUUCCUGCAAAAUGGUAUGCAUUUAUCUUAUUGGUAGUAUUCCAGCUGCUUAUGACAAAUGUCUCAUUACUUGGACACCUCUGUGGCAUUUUGUCUGGCUUUGCAUAUACCUAUGGCUUAUUCAAUUUCUUUAUUCCUGGACCAUCCUUUUACUCUGCCAUUGAGACCUCGUCUUGGCUAGCCAGCUGUGUGAGGCGACCUAAAUUUAUUUUGUGCAGUGGUGGAAAUCCUUCAGCCUACAUCCCCACUUUCUCGGGUCAAAAUUCCCCCUCCAGUGGAUUAUUUUCUGGAAACAUUUGGAGAAACUUGUCUUCCUGGAUGCCUCAGAGGGAGGCAGCUGCUCAGUCAGCACAAGAUGAUUCCAGAUUUCCUGGGAGAGGGAGAACUCUUGGUUCUGGUCAAAAUAUUGCUGUUGGUUCAGAUUUAAACCUACAAGCGAGACUUUUGGAUAAUGGUAGUCCCAAUAAUCCAUCGGAUAUUGCAGCGGUUGGUACAGGGGAGAGGCUUUCAAAUGAAAGGCGAUCACAGGUGAAUAAUGCAGUUGCAGCCGCUGCUGGAAGUCCUCCACUUCCUCAGAUGCAACAGGGUUCAAUUGCUUCCGAUGAACAGAUCCAGAAACUUGUAUCAAUGGGUUUUGAAAGGACACAAGUAGAAGUGGCAGUAGCAGCUGCUGAUGGAGAUCUUAACGUGGCUGUGGAAAUUCUUAUGAGCCAGCAGGGCUGACCUACAAAGAUGUAAUCUGUAUUGACCUUUGAACUAGAACCCCUCAAGCUCGAUUCAAGUGGCUUAGUUCCUGCGCCUUCACGUCCAUAUUGUAUUUGGUUCUAUGGGUACUGUAUAGCAUUUCUGACACUAGCCAACAAAACACAGAAAGAAAUAUUAUGAACUGCAGCAAUUGUACUAACUUUUGUUUGAAGCUUUGUGCCAUACAGGACCUUGACACUAUUACUCAAAUCAUAGCCUUUGUCUCCAGAAUUUUGCCAGA